AUGGCUUUUAAAAUGCUAGAUAAGCCAGUGAGUUCUUUACCCUCAAACAAGAAGGUAACACCGACCGAUUUAACCACUGAUAAUCAUAUAACUUUAAAACAGAUCUCAUAUAAAUUUUUAAGGAGCUCUCUUGGGGCAGUUACAAGUAAAAAAACACUACUUGUUUGCAUUGUUUGGCCGGGGCCAUCCAGUGGUCAGAAGCAAACUUCUGUAAAAAGCUUUUGUUGCAUACAAAGGGAAAAGCUGCGAUUUCUUUUGUUCAUCUCUGGUCUUUUGUUCUGCUUUCUUAUGCAAAAACAGCCAUUUGAUUCUAGAGGAACAGCGUUUGCUUAUUUCUAUUCACCCAUUUAUAGCACAAAGGAGAAGGGUUAUGUAAUGAAGCAUUUAAAAUGGGAUUUAUUUAUACUCACAUUCCCUGCAGUUGCAUGUCUGAUCGUGGCAGCAAAGCUAGACAAUAAAGAAACGGUACGAAGGUUUGAAAAAAACCACAAAACGUUCUUUGUGAAGUUUAUCCAGCUGCCUAUUAGUUGCUUAUCAGCAGUACUAUCAUCAAAACAAUUUCUUUUUAAAUAUGUAAUCAUUUAA